AUGUCCAUCAUGAUCUCGCUUUUCUUUGUCUCUCCUUUGGUCAUUGGGCGUCCCAUUGGUAUCACGGGUUCUUACUCUCCUGCCAUUUCCGUCAACCCUUCCAAAGCAUUGUCGUUCCAGUAUGGCACACACCCCAAACCUAUGUCAGUCCCACUCUCUCUGCCUGCCUGCCCCCCUCUGCCAUCUUCCGUCUGUGGUGUCAAGAGGCAGACUCCCCUCACGAAUUACUUUUACUUACCGUGCGCUCCAGCACCGCUGCCCUCCACCCACCCGGGUGCCCGGGCAAAUCAUCCGUGGCCUCGUAUCCACCUUCUUCAGUUACGCCUCGCCAAGCUAGGAGCGGAUGAUGUCAUCCCGGACGAGUCUGAGGCAUUCGGUACGCUUUUGGUGGCCCCAGUAUGGAGCCCACCACCAGCCCGAGUAAGAUUAAGGGCUCUGAAUGGCCGUCCCGGUGGAGUCGGGCGGAAUUUCUAG